AUGGCCCACGUGCGCAGUGGCAUGGGCGACGACGAUCUGCCAUCACCGCGAUGGAAGACCAACAAGCUUCUGUCGCCGUCCCGCCUGGCCAAGCCCAGCAGCCCCGUCGUCGUGCCACGCGAUCGCGUGCCAGCCCUCGCCAGCGACAUUGAGCGCAAGAUCGAGCGCCAAGCAAGCUGCUUUGCCGACGCGCCGCCACUUAGCGAGACCAUUCGCUGCAUGGUGCGCAUUCGACCGUCGGCGAGCGACCGGCGCUGCGUCGACGUCGACCUCCCAACGCAAUCGAUCGUCUGCGUCACCACGCCGCUCAAGACCGACCGACGCCGGUAUGCGCUCGACGGCGUCUUUCCCGAGGCAGCGACGCAAGACGAGAUCUUCCUCAAGGUGGGCAUGCCUGUCGUUGCGAAUGUGCUCUUGGGCUUCCACGGCUGCGUCCUCGCGUACGGCCAGACGGGCUCGGGCAAAACGCACACCAUGCAAGGCGACAUGAACCCGAGCAGCGACGAGCGCGGCCUCAUUCCUCGCGUUGUCCAGCAGCUGUUUGCGUCGCUCGCGGCGUCCCAGACGGUGUUCACGUGCGACUGCUCGUUCUUUGAGAUCUACAACGAAAAGAUCUUCGACCUCCUCGACGAUUCAGCGAUCGAGCCCAAGACCGUGCGGGAAGACAGCAAUAGUGUCUUCGUCCAGGACCUGUGCGAGACGCGCGUGGCGACACCCGACGACGCGCUGCGCUUGCUACAGCGUGGCGCCAAGCAGCGCACGGUCGAGAGCACGGCCAUGAACCGAGAGAGUUCGCGGUCGCACUCGGUGUUUACGCUCCACUUGUCCCAAACGAUUCACACGACCGAUGGCCUCGUGAUCGUCCGGCGAUCCUUGCUCCAUCUCGUCGACCUCGCGGGCUCGGAAAAGCAGAGUCACACGCGCACCUUUGGCCUCCGCCUCAAAGAAGCGUCGCAGAUCAACAAGUCGCUCUCCGUGCUCGGCAACGUCAUCACAGCGCUCGUCGAUGUCUCGCGCGGCGUCAAGCGCCACGUCAACUACCGCGACUCGAAGCUCACGUUCCUUUUGCGGGACGCGCUGGGCGGCAACUCCAAAACGACGCUCCUGGCCACGAUUGCGCCGGACGAAGCGUUUGGGACCGAGACGCUCUCUACAUUGCAGUUUGUGCAGCGGGCCAAGUGCAUCACGACCGCCGCGGUGGCCAACGACGACACGCAAGGCGCAUUCGCAGCGCUGCAGCGCGAACUCGAGGACGCGCGGGCGAAGCUCGCGCACCUCGACGCAGAGCACACAGCCUCGACGCACGAGAUGAGUCGCCGCCUCGACGCACUCUUGAGCGACAAGCUCGCGCUCAAGAGCGACAACGCGCGGCUGCAUCGGGCGGCGGCCGCGGCUAACGAAGAGGUCGCGCGCUGGCGCCUCGCCUCCGAAGACAAGCGAAGAGACGAGCCGGACGACACUGCGGGUCGCUCCAAGCAGGCCGCGACAUGUCGGUUGCCAAGUGGGAACGAGCCGCUGCAGAUGGCACUCGCGGACGCCGAGACCCACCACGCGUGGCUCGUUGCCGCCAUUCGCGUCGAGGCACACUCGCAUGACGCCGUCGUGUCACAGCUCCAAACCCGUCUGGAAGCUCGUGAGAGAGCGUGCCAGGAGCUGGACCGCGAGGUCGCGGCGGCGCGGCAGUGUCUCGCAUCCACCGAGCAAGCCGCGCCGCCGAGCGCAACCGCCUCGAGGACGCCUUGCGCGAGCAGACGGCGGUCGCCAGCGCACUGCACGACCAGCUGCAGAUGCUGCAGUCGCGGCCGAGUACGUGUCAUCGCAUUCAAGAAGAGAACGACGCCGUUCCCUUUGUUCCAGUACGCCUACACCCUAACCCUAUGA